CAGGAUGAUGACAAAACGAUCUCAAGGACGAAGACGAUUUGGUCGACGUAAUUUUAGACAGCGUUACUUUCGUCUGACCACUCAAUCAUUGAGCUAUGCCAAAUCAAAAGGCAAAAAUCCAAUCUGUGAUAUACCUUUAUCUGAGAUAUUAGCUGUUGAAAGGCUCAAUGAACGAAGUUUCAAAUUACAAAACAUAUUUCAGAUUAUCCGGAAGGAUCGGACGCUUUAUGUGAAAACUUCAAACUGUGUUGAAGAGAAGGAAUGGGUGGAUCUUCUAAGCAAAAUAUGUCAAAGCAAUGCAGCGCGACUCGAAAGUUUCCAUCCAUCAGCCUUCAUAAGUGGAGCGUGGACGUGUUGUAAAGAACGCGAUCAAUAUGCGAAAGGAUGUCAAACAGUUUCGCCAUCACCAUUUCAAAUGGGUUUAGCUACUACAUUGGAUCCAGCACGCGACUUACAACGCUUAAAUACGUUAAUCAUAAAUAAUUUAGACGAAUUAAAAUUAUUUACGGAACCAAAUAGCGUUUAUAGCAAAGAAGUCAUUUCACCAGAAGAUGUAAUACAGCUCCAUAAAAAUGUAAAGGCAAUGAUUGACACAGCAGUUAAACUGCAACAAGUUCACUUAACAUAUCGGGCACUUGUCGAUCGUGAAAUGAAAUACGGUAGUCGACAGGCUCCAAUUGGUGAUGACAACUAUUUACAUCUUUUGCGCGGUGGCCUAGGUUCUAGCAACAAUCAAAACACAUCCACAACAUUGCCAAUACUAAAUCAUCAGAAACAUCACAAUUUGGGUCUAGAUAAAUCACCUAAUUUCUUCAUACGGAAUGAGCAUUUUUCGCAUUACUGACCGUUAUUCUGUUGAAAUUUCUAGUGGAAGUUUGCGGAUCGAUAAUAGUAAACUGUGAAUUUGAAUAUUUCUGUCGGUCAUCUCGCAAGUUCAGUUUUUUCAUAAUCAAUCUUCAUUGGUCUGUGACAUGAAUUCAAUACAAAAUAGCUAUAAUAUAAUAUGUUGCAUUAAGUAAACGCAACAAAUCUAUAGGACAUGUCCGUGCCGAUGAUAUAAUUAAUAAUGCAAAUAACGAAUUGAAAAUGUUAUCGGUACGAAAUUAAAGAGCUUUUGAAAAAUUCACAAAAUACAAUUGAAAUUUUGGUUUUCAAUUCGUUAUAUUUAGUUUCAUUUCGAGUUUAAUUUGAAAUGUUUUCAUUAUGCACCCAAAUGGGAAUCAUUGUCAAAUAUCAUAUUCAGAAUGUAGUAAGUUUUUAGGAUUUAUAGAUACUUAAAUUUCAAGUUUGAAAUGAAUUGAAAUGUUUUUAUUGUAGUAAAACAACUACGCUUUGAUGUUUAUUUUUAAAAAUUUAUAUUAAAUUUAAGAAUGAACUUAUACUCACAAAUAGGUAAACAAUCCAUUAAACAGGUUAAGAUAUUUUUUGUACGACACCAGUCAUAUGACCAACAUUCAUCCUUUAUUUUCAACUUAUUUAGUUUGAUUAAUUGCAGCAUGAUGAUUAUCCAUUAACUGACAUUUAAACGAGAAAGUCGAACAUCCGUUGAAAAGACUUGAACAUCCACCACUUGAUUUACAUAGAUUGUUACAUAUUUUACAUGUAUUUUGAUCGAAUCCCCUUUUGAAUCUAUCUAUCUAUCCAUCCAUUUCAUGUUUUGCUACUUUUGUUGACAAACAACACCCAUCUAAUUUUGAAUAAUUAAUUAAAUGACACAUUAUAUAGUUUUAAACAUAUACUUUCCAUAUGUUGUAUAUGGUACGUAUUCGUGUCCAUUCCCGAACAACUAAUUUUAAUACCACAAAACAGCCAUUUGUUGUAUCUUUUAUUUUAUCUUUAUGAGAUUGCACUUUUAUUUUAAGGUGUAGUCAAUAUUUAAGAAUAAAAAUUAAUAUAAGCCUGGAUGUGAUUCGAAGUGCAACAAGUAACGAAAAAAUGCAAUCGAAUUAAAUUUUUAAAAGUUGAA